UGUUCUGAGGAUAUCAGUAUGCAGUACCAGGCAGCGCCACAAGAUGGCGGCUCCAGCUUUGAUAAAGAAUCAUGUGGUGAUGACCACAUUCAGCUCAACCCUGCGCUGCAUUGAGUAUAGAUGACCACAUUCAGCUCAACCCUGCGCUGCAUUCAGUAUAGAUGACCACAUUCAGCUCAACCCUGCGCUGCAUUCAGUACACAUUACCACAUUCAGCUCAACCCUGCGCUGCAUUCAGUAUAGAUGACCACAUUCAGCUCAACCCUGCACUGCAUUCAGUAUAGAUGACCACAUUCAGCUCAACCCUGCGCUGCAUUCAGUACACAUGACCACAUUCAGCUCAACCCUGCGCUGCAUUGAGUAUAGAUGACCACAUUCAGCUCAACCCUGCGCUGCAUUCAGUAUAGAUGACCACAUUCAGCUCAACCCUGCGCUGCAUUCAGUACACAUUACCACAUUCAGCUCAACCCUGCGCUGCAUUCAGUACACAUGACCACAUUCAGCUCAACCGUGCGCUGCAUUCAGUAUAGAUGACCACAUUCAGCUCAACCCUGCGCUGCAUUCAGUACACAUGACCACAUUCAGCUCAACCCUGCGCUGCAUUCAGUAUAGAUGACCACAUUCAGCUCAACCCUGUGCUGCAUUCAGUAUAUAUGACCACAUUCAGCUCAACCCUGCGCUGCAUUCAGUAUAGAUGACCACAUUCAGCUCAAUCCUGCGCUGCAUUCAGUAUAGAUGACCACAUUCAGCUCAACCCUGCGCUGCAUUCAGUAUAGAUGACCACAUUCAGCUCAACCCUGUGCUGCAUUCAGUAUAGAUGACCACAUUCAGCUCAACCCUGUGCUGCAUUCAGUAUAGAUGACCACAUUCAGCUCAACCGUGCGCUGCAUUCAGUAUAGAUGACCACAUUCAGCUCAAUCCUGCGCUGCAUUCAGUAUAGAUGACCACAUUCAGCUCAACCCUGCACUGCAUUCAGUAUAGAUGACCACAUUCAGCUCAACCCUGCGCUGCAUUCAGUAUAGAUGACCACAUUCAGCUCAAUCCUGCGCUGCAUUCAGUAUAGAUGACCACAUUCAUCUCAACCGUGCGCUGCAUUCAGUACACAUGACCACAUUCAGCUCAACCGUGCGCUGCAUUCAGUAUAGAUGACCACAUUCAGCUCAACCCUGCGCUGCAUUCAGUACACAUGACCACAUUCAGCUCAACCCUGCGCUGCAUUCAGUAUAGAUGACCACAUUCAGCUCAACCCUGUGCUGCAUUCAGUAUAGAUGACCACAUUCAGCUCAACCCUGCGCUGCAUUCAGUAUAGAUGACCACAUUCAGCUCAAUCCUGCGCUGCAUUCAGUAUAGAUGACCACAUUCAGCUCAACCCUGUGCUGCAUUCAGUAUAGAUGACCACAUUCAGCUCAACCCUGUGCUGCAUUCAGUAUAGAUGACCACAUUCAGCUCAACCCUGUGCUGCAUUCAGUAUAGAUGACCACAUUCAGCUCAACCGUGCGCUGCAUUCAGUAUAGAUGACCACAUUCAGCUCAACCCUGCGCUGCAUUCAGUACACAUGACCACAUUCAGCUCAACCCUGCGCUGCAUUCAGUAUAGAUGACCACAUUCAGCUCAACCCUGUGCUGCAUUCAGUAUAUAUGACCACAUUCAGCUCAACUCUGCGCUGCAUUCAGUAUAGAUGACCACAUUCAGCUCAAUCCUGCGCUGCAUUCAGUAUAGAUGACCACAUUCAGCUCAACCGUGCGCUGCAUUCAGUAUAGAUGACCACAUUCAGCUCAACCCUGCGCUGCAUUCAGUAUAGAUGACCACAUUCAGCUCAACCCUGCGCUGCAUUCAGUAUAGAUGACCACAUUCAGCUCAACCCUGUGCUGCAUUCAGUAUAGAUGACCACAUUCAGCUCAACCCUGUGCUGCAUUCAGUAUAGAUGACCACAUUCAGCUCAACCCUGCGCUGCAUUCAGUAUAGAUGACCACAUUCAGCUCAAUCAUGCGCUGCAUUCAGUAUAGAUGACCACAUUUAGCUCAACCCUGUGCUGCAUUCAGUAUAUAUGACCACAUUCAGCUCAACCCUGCGCUGCAUUCAGUAUAGAUGACCACAUUCAGCUCAAUCCUGCGCUGCAUUCAGUAUAGAUGACCACAUUCAGCUCAACCCUGCGCUGCAUUCAGUAUAGAUGACCACAUUCAGCUCAACCCUGCGCUGCAUUCAGUAUAGAUGACCACAUUCAGCUCAACCCUGUGCUGCAUUCAGUAUAGAUGACCACAUUCAGCUCAACCCUGCGUUGCAUUCAGUAUAGAUGACCACAUUCAGCUCAACCCUGUGCUGCAUUCAGUAUAGAUGACCACAUUCAGCUCAACCCUGCGCUGCAUUCAGUAUAGAUGACCACAUUCAGCUCAAUCAUGCGCUGCAUUCAGUAUAGAUGACCACAUUCAGCUCAACCCUGUGCUGCAUUCAGUAUAGAUGACCACAUUCAGCUAAACCCUGUGCUGCAUUCAGUAUAGAUGACCACAUUCAGCUCAACCCUGCGCUGCAUUCGGUAUAGAUGACCACAUUCAGCUCAAUCCUGCGCUGCAUUCAGUAUAGAUGACCACAUUCAGCUCAAUCCUGCGCUGCAUUCAGUAUAGAUGACCACAUUCAGCUCAAUCCUGCUCUGCAUUCAGUACAGAUUAUCAUUGCUUCCACAAUGAAUACGAGCAAAGAUGACACACUGAGGUGGAGAAUCUCUUCAUCUUUCUCUGUUUCUCUCUACCCCCUCUCUCUCUCUCUCUCUCGCUCCUCUCGCUCCACUCUCUCUCUCUCUCUCUCUCUCUCUCUCUCUCCUCUCUCUCUCUCUCUCUCUCUCUGUCUCUCUCUCUCUCUCUCUCUCUCUCUCUCUCUCUCUCCAGAGUGAUAUUGUUAAUCUGUAUGUUAAUACUGAGAGCUCUCUAUCUUCGUCACGGUGUAUAUCUAACCUCUGACCCCCCUGUCCAAAUCAGACAGCGAUGUGACCUAUAAUGAGUCGGUCUCUCUACAGGGUUGUCAUAACAACCAACUGUCAUCCAUCAGGCUUAUCUCACUAACCUCUUGUCAUUGUAGCGUUUGACUGUAGAUCAACAACAUCCACUUCCUUUAUGAUAAGAUCAUGGUGCACCCCAAAUGACACCCUGGUGCCUACGUCUGACCACAGUCCCCUCUGAAGCUGUCCCCAAAUGACACCCUGGUGCCUUCGUCUGACCACAGUCCCCUCUGAAGCUGUCCCCAAAUGACACCCUGGUGCCUUCGUCUGACCACAGUCCCCUCUGAAGCUGUCCCCAAAUGACACCCUGGUGCCUUCGUCUGACCACAGUCCCCUCUGAAGCUGUCCCCAAAUGACACCCUGGUGCCUUCGUCUGACCACAGUCCCCUCUGAAGCUGUCCCCAAAUGACACCCUGGUGCCUUCGUCUGACCACAGUCCCCUCUGACGCUGUCCCCAAAUGAGACCCUGGUGCCUACGUCUGACCACAGUCCCCUCUGAAGCUGUCCCCAAAUGAGACCCUGGUGCCUACGUCUGACCACAGUCCCCUCUGAAGCUGUCCCCAAAUUACACCCUGGUGCCUUCGUCUGACCACAGUCCCCUCUGAAGCUGUCCCCAAAUGAGACCCUGGUGCCUUCGUCUGACCACAGUCCCCUCUGAAGCUGUCCCCAAAUGACACCCUGGUGCCUUCGUCUGACCACAGUCCCCUCUGAAGCUGUCCCCAAAUGACACCCUGGUGCCUUCGUCUGACCACAGUCCCCUCUGAAGCUGUCCCCAAAUUACACCCUGGUGCCUUCGUCUGACCACAGUCCCCUCUGAAGCUGUCCCCAAAUGAGACCCUGGUGCCUUCGUCUGACCACAGUCCCCUCUGAAGCUGUCCCCAAAUGAGACCCUGGUGCCUUCGUCUGACCACAGUCCCCUCUGAAGCUGUCCCCAAAUGAGACCCUGGUGCCUUCGUCUGACCACAGUCCCCUCUGAAGCUGUCCCCAAAUGAGACCCUGGUGCCUUCGUCUGACCACAGUCCCCUCUGAAGCUGUCCCCAAAUGACACCCUGGUGCCUUCGUCUGACCACAGUCCCCUCUGAAGCUGUCCCCAAAUGACACCCUGGUGCCUAUGUCUGACCACAGUCCCCUCUGAAGCUGUCCCCAAAUGACACCCUGGUGCCUUCGUCUGACCACAGUCCCCUCUGAAGCUGUCCCCAAAUGACACCCUAGAGCCUACGUCUGACCACAGUCCCCUCUGAAGCUGUCUGUGUCUCUGAUUUGGCUCAGUUUCCGCCUGUUAUUUGGGCUGCCGUUAUCUACCAUUAUCCUGGUAAUUAGCCUGUGUGUGUCAUGGCUGUAAUGCUUCGGAAUAACCCACGCACAAUGGUUGUGUUUUAUGAAACGACCGGUCACCAAUACAACAGGGAAACCGCACCGUUUACGAGUGGAGUAAUUGGAGUCAUUACCUGACGGUAUUGUGUAAAGUGACUGUGAUACUUUAGUUUAGAAAUGACUCACACAAAACGUGGUGUUAUGACAGACUCCUGUCAACAAUACAAUGAGCACAUCAUGAUAGCAGGGCCGUUCCCUGACCAAGGUUAAGCCACUGGCUGCUUCUGUGGGUGGCUCUGGAUGGGGGUCUGUUAGAUGACUGAUGUGAGGGGAAAAAAGUAUUUGAUCCCCUGCUGAUUUUGUACGUUUGCCCACUGACAAAGAAAUGAUCAGUCUAUAAUUUUAAUGGUAGGUUUAUUUGAACAGUGAGAGACAGAAUAACAACAACAAAAAUCCAGAAAAACGCAUGUCAAAAAUGUUAUAAAUUGAUUUGCAUUUUAAUGAGGGAAAUAAGUAUUUGACCCCUCUGCAAAACAUUACUUAGUACUUGUUGGCAAUCACAGAGGUCAGACAUUUCUUGUAGUUGGCCACCUGGUCCGCACACAUCUCAGGAGGGAUUUUGUCCCACUCCUCUUUGCAGAUCUUCUCCAAGUCAUUAAGGUUUCGAGGCUGACGUUUGUCAACUCGAACCUUCAGCUCCCUCCACAAAUUUCCUAUGGGAUUAAGGUCUGGAGACUGGCUAGGCCACUCCAGGACCUUAAUGUGCUUCUUCUUGAGCCACUCCUUUGUUGCCUUGGCCAUGUGUUUUGGGUCAUUGUCAUGCUGGAAUACCCAUCCACGACCCAUUUUCAAUGCCCUGGCUGAGGGAAGGAGGUUCUCACCCAAGAUUUGACGGUACAUGGCCCCGUCCAUUGUCCCUUUGAUGCGGUAAAGUUGUCCUGUCCCCUUAGCAGAAAAACACCCCCAAAGCAUAAUGUUUCCACCUCCAUGUUUGAUGGUGGGGAUGGUGUUCUUGGGGUCAUAGGCAGCAUUCCUCCUACUCCAAACACGGCGAGAUGAGUUGAUGCCAAAGAGCUCCAUUUUGGUCUCAUCUGACCACAACACUUUCACCCAGUUCUCCUCUGAAUCAUUCAGAUGUUCAUUGGCAAACUUCAGACGGGCAUGUAUAUGUGUUUUCUUGAGCAGGGGGACCUUGCGGGCGCUGCAGGAUUUCAGUCCUUCACGGCAUAGUGUGUUACCAAUUGUUUUCUUGGUGACUAUGGUCCCAGCUUCCUUGAGAUCAUUGACAAGAUCCUCCCGUGUAGUUCUGGGCUGAUUCCUCACCGUUCUCAUGAUCAUUGCAACUCCAUGAGGUGAGAUAUUGCAUGGAGCCCCAGGCCGAGGUAGAUUGACAGUUAUUUUGUGUUUCUUCCAUUUGCGAAUAAUCGCACCAACUGUUGUCACCUUCUCACCAAGCUGCUUGGCGAUGGUCUUGUAGCCCAUUCCAGCCUUGUGUAGGUCUACAAUCUUGUCCCUGACAUCCUUGGAGAGCUCUUUGGUCUUGGCCAUGGUGGAGAGUUUGGAAUCUGAUUGAUUGAUUGCUUCUGUGGACAGGUGUCUUUUGUAAACCAGCCUUAGAUAGCUCCUUUGUCCCACCCCCCCAUACACGCGGAGACCGACUCAAUCGGUGCCUCCAGUGAUGCUAUCUCUUUCAUCGUUACCCAACGCUUAGGUUUACCUCCACUGUACUCAUAUCCUUCCAUAUCCUUGUCUGUACAUAAUGCCCUGAAUCUUUUCUACAACGCCCGGAAAUCUGCCCCCUUUAUUCUCUGUACCCAACGCACUAGAAGACCAGUUCUUAAAGCCUUUAGCCGUAUCCUUAUUCUAGUCCUCCUCUGUUCCUCUGGUGAUGUAGAGGCUAACCCAGGCCCUGCAGCCCUCAGUAUCACUCCUACUCCCCAGGCGCUAUCAUUUGUUGACUUCUGUAACCGUAAAAACCUUGGUUUCUUGCAUGUUAAUAUCAGAAGUCUCCUUCCUAAGUUUGAGUUAUUCACUGCGUUAGCACACUCCACCAACCCUGAUGUUCUAGCAGUGUCUGAAUCUUGGCUUAGGAAGGCCACAAAAAAUUCUGACAUUUCCAUCCUCAACUAUAACAUUUUCCGUCUAGAUAGAACUGCCAAAGGGGGCUGAGUUGCAAUCUACUGUAGAGAUAGCCUGCAGAGCUCUAUCAUACUAUCCAGGUCUGUGCCCAAACAGUUUGAGCUUCUACUUCUAAAAAUCCACCUUUCCAGAAAUGUCUCUCACUGUUGCCGCUUGCUACAGACCCCCCUCAGCCCCCAGCUGUGCCCUGGACACCAUAUGUGAAUUGAUUGCCCCCCAUUUAUCCUCAGAGUUCGUACUGCUUGGUGACCUAAAUUGGGAUAUGCUUAACACCCCGGCCAACCUACAAUCCAAACUAGAUGCCCUCAAUCUCACACAAAUUAUCAAGGAACCUACCAGGUACAACCCUAAAUCCGUAAACAUGGGUACCCUCAUAGAUAUCAUCCUGACUAACUUACCCUCUAAAUACACCUCCGCUGUCUUCAACCAGGAUCUCAGCGAUCACUGCCUUAUUGCCUGCGUCCGUAACGGGUCCGCGGUCAAACGACCACCCCCUCAUCACUGUCAAACGCUCCCUAAAACACUUUAGCGAGCAGGCCUUCCUAAUUGACCUGGCCCAGGUAUCCUGGAUGGAUAUAGAUCUCAUUCCGUCAGUAGAGUAGUUAAUGUGGUUAUUAUAGAGGGGUAAAUGUGUUCAGUAGCACAUGAAUGGUAGCACAUGAAUGGUAGUACAUGAAUGGUAAUACAUGAAUGUACAACUUGUGUAUGAAAGUUCUACUGCUAUUCAUGAGAUGUUUAACGGAGUCCAAGAACACUGAAAGAACUCUCCUAUACUGUGUUCCUGUUCAGGUCCCAGCAUGCUUAGAGUGUGUGUGUGUGUGUGUGUCUGCGCUUGUGGAUGGACUGUGACUGUGACUACCUCCCGUUGACGCCAUGGCCAGGUGACCUUUGGGAAGAGGGCUGUGGUGACGUUAGCCAGCUCUGGAGCCACGCUGAGACACACUUUCAUCAAACAGACCUAGACUGCACUGUGGAUGCGUUCCAAAUGGCACCCUAUUCCCUAUAUGGUGCACUACUUUUGACCAGGGCCUAUAAGGCUCUGUGAUCUUGUUCAUAGGUCUCUGGUCAAACGUAGUGUACUAUAUAGGGAAUAGGGUGCCAUUUGGGACGUGUGUCACUUGAAGCCAGCUGUGAAACUGCCAUCAAGCAGCAGCCAAUACCCUAAACCCUCAUAUCUACAACAUGAAGAGAUACCUGGACAACAGUACACCCUCAUAUCUACAACAUGAAGAGAUACCUGGUCAACAGUACACCCUCAUAUCUACAACAUGAAGAGAUACCUGGUCAACAGUACACCCUCAUAGCUACAACAUGAAGAGAUACCUGGUCAACAGUACACCCUCAUAUCUACAACAUGAAGAGAUACCUGGUCAACAGUACACCCUCAUAGCUACAACAUGAAGAGAUACCUGGUCAACAGUACACCCUCAUAGCUACAACAUGAAGAGAUACCUGGUCAACAGUACACCCUCAUAUCUACAACAUGAAGAGAUACCUGGUCAACAGUACACCCUCAUAGCUACAACAUGAAGAGAUACCUGGUCAACAGUACACCCUCAUAGCUACAGCAUGAAGAGAUACCUGGUCAACAGUACACCCUCAUAGCUACAACAUGAAGAGAUACCUGGUCAACAGUACACCCUCAUAGCUACAGAUACCUGGUCAACAGUACACCCUCAUAGCUACAGAUACCUGGUCAACAGUACACCCUCAUAGCUACAGAUACCUGGUCAACAGUACACCCUCAUAGCUACAGAUACCUGGUCAACAGUACACCCUCAUAGCUACAGAUACCUGGUCAACAGUACACCCUCAUAGCUACAACAUGAAGAGAUACCUGGUCAACAGUACACCCUCAUAGCUACAACAUGAAGAGAUACCUGGUCAACAGUACACCCUCAUAGCUACAGCAUGAAGAGAUACCUGGUCAACAGUACACCCUCAUAGCUACAGCAUGAAGAGAUACCUGGUCAACAGUACACCCUCAUAGCUACAGAUACCUGGUCAACAGUACACCCUCAUAGCUACAACAUGAAGAGAUACCUGGACAACAGUACACCCUCAUAGCUACAACAUGAAGAGAUACCUGGUCAACAGUACACCCUCAUAGCUACAGCAUGAAGAGAUACCUGGUCAACAGUACACCCUCAUAGCUACAGAUACCUGGUCAACAGUACACCCUCAUAGCUACAGAUACCUGGUCAACAGUACACCCUCAUAGCUACAGAUACCUGGUCAACAGUACACCCUCAUAGCUACAACAUGAAGAGAUACCUGGUCAACAGUACACCCUCAUAUCUACAACAUGAAGAGAUACCUGGUCAACAGUACACCCUCAUAGCUACAACAUGAAGAGAUACCUGGUCAACAGUACACCCUCAUAGCUACAACAUGAAGAGAUACCUGGUCAACAGUACACCCUCAUAGCUACAACAUGAAGAGAUACCUGGUCAACAGUACACCCUCAUAGCUACAACAUGAAGAGAUAUCUGACCCUCAGACUCACCACAACCUAAACAAAACACAGUUUGACCCUUCUGCUUGUCAAACUGUCGUGGCAGGAAUAUUCUUUUAAAAACGGUUAUUGACAAAAUCCAAACAUCAAUAGAUGAGAUCUCUGACGACUCAUGACUAAAGAAUUUAAAGAUUACGGUCGACCUUUCAGUGUCAUUGGAUCAUGUGACGAACAUGUGAUGGUUCCUUAAGUAGACCAACAGCAAUAGUGGGUUACAAUAUCUCAGCCUCUGGUGAACAAGAUGUACUGUUCACCAAGCAAUGUUAUUAAUGGACAUUACAUGGCAAAUUAUAGAUGAAUUGCUCUCAUGCAACACAAUUUGGACACUUACUCAGCAAGUCAUUCAUGUCUUUGCGACAUGAACUAAUCAGAAAUACAAACUGAAGUAUCAUCUGUACAAAGGAGUUUGGAGGUUUGCAGGGUUGAAGUAGAAAAAAACUAUGGAAACGCAGAGGGGAUAAUCUCUGUUGGGAUGGAGGGCUGGACAUACGUCUUAGUGCAAAGUGGAUGGAGUACAUCAUCUCUGUUGGGUUGGAGGGCUGGACAUACGUCUUAGUGCAAAGUGGAUGGAGUACAUCAUCUCUGUUGGGUUGGAGGGCUGGACAUACGUCUUAGUGCAAAGUGGAUGGAGUACAUCAUCUCUGUUGGGUUGGAGGGCUGGACAUACGUCUUAGUGCAAAGUGGAGGGAGUACAUCAUCUCUGUUGGGUUGGAGGGCUGGACAUACGUCUUAGUGCAAAGUGGAUGGAGUACAUCAUCUCUGUUGGGUUGGAGGGCUGGACAUACGUCUUAGUGCAAAGUGGAGGGAGUACAUCAUCUCUGUUGGGUUGGAGGGCUGGACAUACGUCUUAGUGCAAAGUGGAUGGAGGACAUCAUCUCUGUUGGGUUGGAGGGCUGGACAUACGUCUUAGUGCAAAGUGGAUGGAGGACAUACUGUACAGGCAAUGAUGAGAAUUUAAAGAUGUCCGCCUGCAUCUUAUAAGGAGAACAGUAGUGAACACUCAGUCUGGUCCAGAAAGAGUCUUGUUCAGACAGCCAUUACAUGACUCACUGUAAGGUAGACCACAGCAGACAGCCAUUACAUGACUCACUGUAAGGUAGACCACAACAGACAGCCAUUACAUGACUCACUGUAAAGUAGACCACAACAGACAGCCAUUACAUGACUCACUGUAAGGUAGACCACAGCAGACAGCCAUUACAUGACUCACUGUAAGGUAGACCACAACAGACAGCCAUUACAUGACUCACUGUAAGGUAGACCACAACAGACAGCCAUUACAUGACUCACUGUAAAGUAGACCACAACAGGCAGCCAUUAGGUGACUCACUGUAAAGUAGACCACAGCAGACAGCCAUUACAUGACUCACUGUAAAGUAGACCACAGCAGACAGCCAUUACAUGACUCACUGUAAAGUAGACCACAGCAGACAGCCAUUACAUGACUCACUGUAAAGUAGACCACAGCAGACAGCCAUUAGGUGACUCACUGUAAAGUAGACCACAACAGGCAGCCAUUAGGUGACUCACUGUAAAGUAGACCACAGCAGACAGCCAUUACAUGACUCACUGUAAAGUAGACCACAGCAGACAGCCAUUAUAUGACUCACUGUAAAGUAGACCACAACAGACAGCCAUUAGGUGACUCACUGUAAAGUAGACCACAACAGGCAGCCAUUAGGUGACUCACUGUAAAGUAGACCACAGCAGACAGCCAUUACAUGACUCACUGUAAAGUAGACCACAGCAGACAGCCAUUACAUGACUCACUGUAAAGUAGACCACAGCAGGCAGCCAUUAGGUGACUCACUGUAAAGUAGACCACAACAGGCAGCCAUUAGGUGACUCACUGUAAAGUAGACCACAGCAGACAGCCAUUACAUGACUCACUGUAAAGUAGACGACAGCAGACAGCCAUUAGGUGACUCACUGUAAAGUAGACCACAGCAGGCAGCCAUUACAUGACUCACUGUAAAGUAGACCACAGCAGACAGCCAUUAGGUGACUCACUGUAAAGUAGACCACAGCAGACAGCCAUUAGGUGACUCACUGUAAAGUAGACCACAACAGACAGCCAUUAGGUGACUCACUGUAAAGUAGACCACAACAGGCAGCCAUUAGGUGACUCACUGUAAAGUAGACCACAGCAGGCAGCCAUUAGGUGACUCACUGUAAGGUAGACCACAACAGACAGCCAUUACAUGACUCACUGUAAGUUAGACCACAACAGACAGCCAUUACAUGACUCACUGUAAAGUAGACCACAACAGGCAGCCAUUACAUGACUCACUGUAAAGUAGACCACAACAGACAGCCAUUACAUGACUCACUGUAAGGUAGACCACAACAGACAGCCAUUACAUGACUCACUGUAAGGUAGACCACAACAGGUAGCCAUUACAUGACUCACUGUAAAGUAGACCACAACAGACAGCCAUUACAUGACUCACUGUAAGGUAGACCACAACAGACAGCCAUUACAUGACUCACUGUAAAGUAGACCACAACAGGCAGCCAUUAGGUGACUCACUGUAAAGUAGACCACAGCAGACAGCCAUUACAUGACUCACUGUAAGGUAGACCACAACAGGCAGGCAGACCAUAAACCUAAUGAUGAUUAUCAAACACUCAGGGCUCGAUAAAACAAAAACAAAACAAAAAAAACAUUUUUAGUCAUUUAGCAGACGCUCUUAUCCAGAGCGACUUACAGUUAGUGAGUGCAUACAUUUUUCAUACUGCCCCCCCCCCCCCCCCCCCCGUGGGAAUUGAACCCACAACCCUGGCAUUGCAAACGCCAUGCUCUACCAACUGAGCUACACGGGGGCCAAUCAGAUCCGCUUUUGCCAACAUCUGCAUAGCGGUAUUGGAGGGGCGGAACUGCAUUAGAGCUGUCCAAUCCACAAGUGGCUCCCAGCGUUAUACCUAAAGCGGACAGCGCCAUUGGCUGUACGGAGUCACAUGAACAGAACUCUCAUGCGGCCUUGUUAACCAGUGUGAACACUGGAACGUGAGAUGGAAACCACAGCUCCAUUAGGAUCAUACAAAUCCUCUUUAUUUUCUUGAAUGAUUUUUCAAUUUGAGCAUCAUCAUUUUUUUAUUUAGCCUACACUUCCUCCUCCUGGGCUUCUAACUCAAGUGGAAGAGGUGUAGCUUCGCGACAACGAUCAAGAAGCAGCUGCCCAACCGAUUUGACGGCGCCAACGCAGUUACACCUUCCGACACCACCGAAACAUCCAGCUCUGCUGGGGGUCUGCGGUCGCAGGUUAACGCCCUGAUCUGAUUGAAUCUAGGCCAGAGUGGCAUUAGCGCCGUCAGAGCUGUGAGAAUCAGGGCAAAAAAGCUUUGUCUCUUGACACCUUGAGGUGAUUUACGGUCUGCAAUCGUAUCUCCAUAUGGGCUGGCCUGGAAUACACACCAAAUAUUCCGUUUGAAAUCCAGACCGCAGAUGAGCCACGGGACUGGUAAAUGAUGUUGCCCCUUCACUGAAUCAGUAUAAACACAUAUUCCCAUAGAAUGGUAUGAAAGAUAUGUCUAAUAUUUAAUCCUGACAGGAACCUUUUAUCUGCUGUACAGUGGCUGUUAUACUGGCCUGAAACACUGGAGCACGCAGACUGAGGUCGAGUCCCCAAUGGCCCAAUGGGCCCUGGUCAAACGUAGCACAAGCAGACAGUACCAAGUCUCUGAGUGGUGAUUUAACCUGCCGUCGAGACUCAUCUUUUAUCUCCUAAAGAACAGUACCCUAAACACUCAUGGACAGCGCCUGUCUUCUAAAGAACAGUACCCUAAACACUCAUGGACAGUGCCUGUCUUCUAAAGAACAGUACCCUAAACACUCAUGGACAGCGCCUGUCUUCUAAAGAACAGUACCCUAAACACUCAUGGACAGCGCCUGUCUUCUAAAGAACAGUACCCUAAACACUCAUGGACAGCGCCUGUCUUCUAAAGAACAGUACCCUAAACACUCAUGGACAGCGCCUGUCUUCUAAAGAACAGUACCCUAAACACUCAUGGACAGCGCCUGUCUUCUAAAGAACAGUACCCUAAACACUCAUGGACAGCGCCUGUCUUCUAAAGAACAGUACCCUAAACACUCAUGGACAGCGCCUGUCUUCUAAAGAACAGUACCCUAAACACUCAUGGACAGCGCCUGUCUUCUAAAGAACAGUACCCUAAACACUCAUGGACAGUGCCUGUCUUCUAAAGAACAGUACCCUAAACACUCAUGGACAGUGCCUGUCUUCUAAAGAACAGUACCCUAAACACUCAUGGACAGUGCCUGUCUUCUAAAGAACAGUACCCUAAACACUCAUGGACAGCGCCUGUCUUCUAAAGAACAGUCUACCUUAAACACUCAUGGACAGCGCCUGUCUUCUAAAGAACAGUCAUAGAUAACUACUGCCCCCUCUCUGUAUUUCCAUAGAGGUUAUAACUACUGCCCCCUCUCUGUAUUUCCAUAGAGGUUAUAACUACUGCCCCCUCUCUGUAUUUCCAUGUCGUAGAGGUUAUAACUACUGCCCCCUCUCUGUAUUUCCAUAGAGGUUAUAACUACUGCCCCCUCUCUGUAUUUCCAUAGAGGUUAUAACCACUGCCCCCUCUCUGUAUUUCCAUAGAGGUUAUAACUACUGCCCCCUCUCUGUAUUUCCAUAGAGGUUAUAACUACUGCCCCCUCUCUGUAUUUCCAUGUCAUAGAGGUUAUAAUUACUGCCCUCUCUCUGUAUUUCCAUGUCGUAGAGGUUAUAACUACUGCCCCCUCUCUGUAUUUCCAUAGAGGUUAUAACUACUGCCCCCUCUCUGUAUUUCCAUGUCAUAGAGGUUAUAACUACUGCCCCCUCUCUGUAUUUCCAUAGAGGUUAUAACUACUGCCCCCUCUCUGUAUUUCCAUGUCAUAGAGGUUAUAACUACUGCCCCCUCUCUGUAUUUCCAUAGAGGUUAUAACUACUGCCCCCUCUCUGUAUUUCAAUAGAGGUUAUAACUACUGCCCCCUCUCUGUAUUUCCAUAGAGGUUAUAACUACUGCCCCCUCUCUGUAUUUCCAUGUCAUAGAGGUUAUAACUACUGCCCCCUCUCUGUAUUUCCAUAGAGGUUAUAACUACUGCCCCCUCUCUGUAUUUCCAUAGAGGUUAUAACUACUGCCCCCUCUCUGUAUUUCCAUGUCAUAGAGGUUAUAACUACUGCCCCCUCUCUGUAUUUCCAUAGAGGUUAUAACUACUGUCCCCUCUCUGUAUUUCCAUAGAGGUUAUAACUACUGCCCCCUCUCUGUAUUUCCAUAGAGGUUAUAACUACUGCCCCCUCUCUGUAUUUCCAUAGAGGUUAUAACCACUGCCCCCUCUCUGUAUUUCCAUAGAGGUUAUAACUACUGCCUCCUCUCUGUAUUUCCAUAGAGGUUAUAACUACUGCCCCCUCUCUGUAUUUCCAUAGAGGUUAUAACUACUGCCCCCUCUCUGUAUUUCCAUGUCAUAGAGGUUAUAACUACUGCCCCCUCUCUGUAUUUCCAUAGAGGUUAUAACUACUGCCCCCUCUCUGUAUUUCCAUGUCAUAGAGGUUAUACUCCUGAGUGGCGCAGUGGUCUAAGGCACUGCAUCGCAGUGCAAAACUGUGCCACUAGAUCCUGGUUCGAAUCCAGGCUCUGUCGCAGCCGGCCGCGACCGGGAGACUCAUGGGCGGCGCACAAUUGGCCCAGCGUCGUCCAGGGUAGGGGAGGGAAUGGCCGGCAGGGAUGUAGCUCAGUUGAUAGAGCAUGGUGUUUGCAACGCCAGGGUUGUGGGUUCGAUUCCCACAGGGGGCCAGUAUAAAAAAAAAUAAUAUGUAAGUCGCUCUGGAUAAGAGCGUCUGCUAAAUGACUAAAAUGUAAAUGUAAAUGUAAAUGUUAUAACUACUGCCCCCUCUCUGUAUUUCCAUAGAGGUUAUAACUACUGUCCCCUCUCUGUAUUUCCAUAGAGGUUAUAACUACUGCCCCCUCUCUGUAUUUCCAUAGAGGUUAUAACUACUGCCCCCUCUCUGUAUUUCCAUAGAGGUUAUAACUACUGCCCCCUCUCUGUAUUUCCAUAGAGGUUAUAACUACUGCCCCCUCUCUGUAUUUCCAUAGAGGUUAUAACUACUGCCCCCUCUCUGUAUUUCCAUAGAGGUUAUAACUACUGCCCCCUCUCUGUAUUUCCAUAGAGGUUAUAACUACUGCCCCCUCUCUGUAUUUCCAUAGAGGUUAUAACUACUGCCCCCUCUCUGUAUUUCCAUAGAGGUUAUAACUACUGCCCCCUCUCUGUAUUUCCAUAGAGGUUAUAACUACUGCCCCCUCUCUGUAUUUCCAUAGAGGUUAUAACUACUGCCCCCUCUCUGUAUUUCCAUAGAGGUUAUAACUACUGCCCCCUCUCUGUAUUUCCAUGUCGUAGAGGUUAUAACUACUGCCCCCUCUCUGUAUUUCCAUAGAGGUUAUAACUACUGCCCCCUCUCUGUAUUUCCAUGUCAUAGAGGUUAUAACCACUGCCCCCUCUCUGUAUUUCCAUAGAGGUUAUAACUACUGCCCCCUCUCUGUAUUUCCAUAGAGGUUAUAACUACUGCCCCUCUCUGUAUUUCCAUAGAGGUUAUAACUACUGCCCCCUCUCUGUAUUUCCAUAGAGGUUAUAACUACUGCCCCCUCUCUGUAUUUCCAUAGAGGUUAUAACUACUGCCCCCUCUCUGUAUUUCCAUGUCGUAGAGGUUAUAACUACUGCCCCCUCUCUGUAUUUCCAUAGAGGUUAUAACUACUGCCCCCUCUCUGUAUUUCCAUGUCAUAGAGGUUAUAACCACUGCCCCCUCUCUGUAUUUCCAUAGAGGUUAUAACUACUGCCCCCUCUCUGUAUUUCCAUGUCGUAGAGGUUAUAACUACUGCCCCCUCUCUGUAUUUCCAUAGAGGUUAUAACUACUGUCCCCUCUCUGUAUUUCCAUAGAGGUUAUAACUACUGCCCCCUCUCUGUAUUUCCAUAGAGGUUAUAACUACUGCCCCCUCUCUGUAUUUCCAUAGAGGUUAUAACUACUGCCCCCUCUCUGUAUUUCCAUAGAGGUUAUAACCACUGCCCCCUCUCUGUAUUUCCAUAGAGGUUAUAACUACUGCCCCCUCUCUGUAUUUCCAUAGAGGUUAUAACUACUGCCCCCUCUCUGUAUUUCCAUGUCGUAGAGGUUAUAACUACUGCCCCCUCUCUGUAUUUCCAUAGAGGUUAUAACCACUGCCCCCUCUCUGUAUUUCCAUAGAGGUUAUAACUACUGCCCCCUCUCUGUAUUUCCAUAGAGGUUAUAACUACUGCCCCCUCUCUGUAUUUCCAUGUCGUAGAGGUUAUAACUACUGCCCCCUCUCUGUAUUUCCAUAGAGGUUAUAACUACUGCCCCCUCUCUGUAUUUCCAUGUCGUAGAGGUUAUAACUACUGCCCCCUCUCUGUAUUUCCAUGUCGUAGAGGUUAUAACUACUGCCCCCUCUCUGUAUUUCCAUAGAGGUUAUAACUACUGCCCCCUCUCUGUAUUUCCAUAGAGGUUAUAACUACUGCCCCCUCUCUGUAUUUCCAUAGAGGUUAUAACUACUGCCCCCUCUCUGUAUUUCCAUAGAGGUUAUAACUACUGCCCCCUCUCUGUAUUUCCAUAGAGGUUAUAACUACUGCCCCCUCUCUGUAUUUCCAUGUCGUAGAGGUUAUAACUACUGCCCCCUCUCUGUAUUUCCAUAGAGGUUAUAACUACUGCCCCCUCUCUGUAUUUCCAUAGAGGUUAUAACUACUGCCCCCUCUCUGUAUUUCCAUAGAGGUUAUAACUACUGCCCCUCUCUGUAUUUCCAUAGAGGUUAUAACUACUGCCCGCUCUCUGUAUUUCCAUAGAGGUUAUAACUACUGCCCCCUCUCUGUAUUUCCAUAGAGGUUAUAACUGCUGCCCCCUCUCUGUAUUUCCAUAGAGGUUAUAACUACUGCCCCCUCUCUGUAUUUCCAUAGAGGUUAUAACUACUGCCCCUCUCUGUAUUUCCAUAGAGGUUAUAACCACUGCCACCUCUCUGUAUUUCCAUGUCAUAGAGGUUUAGAGCAUUUCCAUAGGAGGAGGGCAGAUUAUUUUAGACGGUUGUUGCCAAGUAGGUAUAUUGUCUAUCUUCAUAACUGCAGACAUCUUCAAAAACAUUUGUCGUUGAUGUUCUACAAUCAGAGAGUACUUUUCUGAAAACAAGCAGAACAGUAAGAUAAGUACCCAACCAUACACCACGUUUAGGUGAGCUAACAACAGGUUUUGUGGUUUGAAAAAAACAAAAACAAAAAACAAUGAGCAAUGCCUGGCCUGCUGCAGCCUCUAUAGUUGCAUUAGUUGUCCAUGUAAUCAUAUGGUUUUAACGGUCUAAAUAUAUGUCUAUGGUAGUCCUGUAGGUGGGGUAAAAUACUGUUGUUGCUUGCACUGGAGACGCAGGUUAGUUAGCCUUGGAUUAGAUUUACUCAUGUAGUGGUUAAUAGUAGUGGGCGUUGGUGUCUGACAACUCUGCGUCAACAAAUAGCACCCAACCCAACCACUUUACUGAAAGCAUUCUAUCAUUCUGUCCUUUUUCCACACAGACAGUGACCCUCUACCUGUCCCUUCAACAACUGACUGGGAGCCUCUUUCUCUGUAUAUGAAAAGCCUUCUGGUAAGAGGAGAGACUGAGAGACAAGAGAAGGAGAAGAGGAGAGACUGAGAGACGAGAGGGAGAAGAGGAGAGACUGAAAGAGACAAGAGAGGGAGAAGAGGAGAGACAGAGAGACAAGAGAGGGAGAAGAGGAGAGACUGAAAGAGACAAGAGAGGGAGAAGAGGAGAGACAGAGAGACAAGAGAGGGAGAAGAGGAGAGACUGAGAGACAAGAGAGGGAGGAGAUGAGAGACUGAAAGAGACAAGAGAGGGAGAAGAGGAGAGACUGAGAGACAGGAGAGGGAGAAGAGGAGAGACUGAGAGACAAGAGAGGGAGAAGAGGAGAGAGGGAGAGACAAGAGAGGGAGAAGAGGAGAGACUGAGAGACAGAAGAGGAGAGACAGAGAGAGACAAGAGAGGGAGAAUAGGAGAGACUGAGAGACACCAUCAUCAUUCUCUUGACUAUUGUAUGGUGUUCUCUCAGCAUAACAUGACAGCCUAGUCAACUGCCCCUGUGAGCCUCAAUCCAGGAGACCGAAUAGACACCAGGGGACCGAAUAGACACCAGCAGACCAAAUAGACACCAGGAGACCAAAUAGACACCAGCAGACCAAAUAGACACCAGGAGACCAAAUAGACACCAGCAGACCAAAUAGACACCGGGAGACCAAAUAGACACCAGGAGACCACCAGGAGACCAAAUAGACACCAGGAGACCAAAUAGACACCAGGAGACCAAAUAGACACCAGGAGACCAAAUAGACACCAGGGGACAGAAUAGACACCAGGGGACCAAAUAGACACCAGGGGACAGAAUAGACACCAGGAGACCAAAUAGACACCAGGAGACCACCAGGAGACCAAAUAGACACCAGGAGACCAAAUAGACACCAGGAAACCAAAUAGACACCAGGAGACCAAAUAGACACCAGGAUACCAAAUAGACACCAGGAGACCAAAUAGAUACCAGGAGACCAAAUAGACACCAGGAGACCAAAUAGACACCAGGAGACCAAAUAGACACCAGGAGACCAAAUAGACACCAGGGGACCGAAUAGACACCAGGAGACCACCAAUAGUCAAGAGAAUGAUGGUGCUCUCUCAUGGUAUGACAUGACAGCCUAGUCAACAGCCCUCUGUGAGCCUCAAUCUCUCACAUUGACUAACAGCAGCGUGUCAUGAAUACAAUCUCCAGAGAGACUGAAGAAGAAUGAUGGCUGUCUGUCACAAGCUUCUCUCCAAAACAAAACAAACACAAAGAAUUGCUGAGGUGGACCUUUUUUGAUUCUGUGUCAAAUCCAUCCUCAGAGAAGGAUCAUGAGGUCGAUUUAGUGGUGGAACAAGAUUAGGAUGAAAUGGAAAAUAUCGACUGAGGAAAAGUCUAUGAGUUAAGGAGAAACUUGAAUGCCCUAAAGAUGUGUGUGUAUCACAGUUCAACUUCCUCACCAAGGCCUCCCUAAGAUAUCGCUACAACAGGGAGAGAAAUGGCAGUGUGACGGCACCUUCAUCCAUCCUGUUCAUGGAGUGUAGAAUCUUAAACUAUGCUGCCAUUCUGAUAGCAAUAUUUACGCCCGUGAGCCGGGCCAAAACAGAUAUGGGAUGGAGUGUAGAAUCUUAAACUAUGCUGCCAUUCUGAUAGCAAUAUUUACGCUCGUGAGCCGGGCCAAAACAGAUAUGGGAUGCUGUUCGCUUGGCCCCCGUCUUCUGUCAAAGUAAUGGAAUACUGUACUGGACAGUGUAAGAGAUUAGAGGCUGCUUUACUGUACACUUGUGAGUGUUAAGAGAUUAUGACUCUUCCUCUUUUAGACCGACGGUAAUACCAUUUAUGGGGUAUUAUUCCUGGCUGUUGCUAAGGGAUACUCUGGUCCAGAGCAUCCAUUGGAUGAUGGGAGCAGGGUGAGCUAGCGUUCCGAGCUUGUUGCCUAUCUAAACAAGGGACGUGUCUCAAAUGGUCACCCUGUUCCCUUUAUAGUGCACUACUUUAGACCAGAGAAUGGCACCCUAUUCCCUAUAUAGUGCACUACUUUAGACCAGAGAAUGGCACCCUAUUCCCUAUAUAGAGCACUACUUUUGACCAAGGGCACGUGGAGAUCUGGUCAAAAGUAGUGCACUAUAAAGGGAAUAGGGUGCGAUUUGAGACACGUCCAAGGUUUAGGCUGUGUUGCCUCUCUUAACCUAAACGGUUCUGUUUUUCCAUUCGUUAGAGAUACCAACCUACGGGUAACUGCCGAAAUAUAGGAAACACUUGAGUAAAUGAGGAAUACAAAAAAAUAUUGAAAGCUGGUUCUUCCAUACAGGUGUGGUUCCUGAGUUAAUUAGGCAAUUAGCAUCCCAUCAUGCUUAGGGUCAUGUAUAAAAAGGCCCCAGUUGCCCAUUAUUUUUGACUACCACGGCUAGAAGAAGAGAUUUCAGGGGUCUCAAAGGAGCAUAGAGGGUUUAAUGUGAGUUUGUGUGUGUUUUAUUUUUCCAACAUUAUCAGGAUCCCAAAAAUCAUUUCACCUUAUUGUCCUGAAAAGGUAACAAAGCAUGUUUUUGUUAGUUUUUUUGUCAGGUCCUGAAUUUGUGCAAAUAUAUAUUUUAAAGCUUCAGGGUUAGAUUUAGUGUGGUUUAGGUUUAGGGUUAGGGGUUAGGUAAAUUAGGAUAUUUAAUGGUCAAACAAUUUUUACACUCCAAAAAAGUCCAGACAUUUCACUAAAACAAACUGUGUGUCUCAGUCACGAGAUCUCAACCCAAUUGAACACUUCUGGAAGAUUCUGGAGCGGCGCCUGAGACGGCGCUUUCCAUCAACAAAACACCAAAUGAUGGAAUUUCUCGUGGAAGAAUGGUGUCGCAUCCCUCCAAUAGAGUUUCCAGACACUUGUAGAAUCUAUUUCCAAGGCUCAUGGAAGCUGUUCUGGCUCGUGGUUGGCGCAACUCCCUUUUGUGGUCCUCUGUAGCUCAAUUGGUAGAGCAUGGCGCUUGUAACAGCCAGGGUAGUGGGUUCGAUCCCCGGGACCACCCAUAUGUAAAAAAAAAAAAAAUUAUGUAUGCACACAUGACUGUAAGUCGCUUUGGAUAAAAGCGUCUGCUAAAUGGCAUAUUAUUAUUAUUAUUAUUAUUAAGACACUAUGUUGGUGUUUCCUUUAUUUUGGCGGUUACCUGUAGCUCUUUCCUCAACACGUUUAGGCUAUGUAAUGAUAACCGGCAGGCGUUGGCCUCUACAGGGUCGAAUAGAUGAAGAUAGAUGACAGAGAGAAAAUAUUGACCUACCUGAACCUCUUGUUUUGGCACCUUGAAAUGUAGGUCUCCAUCUAGCUUAAGCCUCUUGGCUUGGAUCGGACGUUUCUGGGUUCACUUCUCUUCCCAGUUCCAGUUUCCAUUUUGCCAGCUCGUCUCUCUCAAAAUGAGAAUCGAUCACGGCGAAGUCGGCCUGUGGCGUGGGCUAUUUCUGUGGACGUGGCUGGUGUAUCAUACUGACGUGUUCGUUCCUCCCUGCUGUUGGGUCAGACCGUCCUGAUACAGAACUCAUUAAUUAAUAGAAACUUUCAGUCAGUCAGCAUUAAGAGAUAUGAAGUUGCUGGGAAACUGAAAGCCAGACCCUUUAAUUAGUUUAUUGAUAGAGCACUAAAUCAUGGUCAUGGUGAGAGAGAGGCCAACUCCAGCUCAGAUCUGGGGCAGUGGGGGAGGGAGGGAGACCAAAGGGAAAUGAAACAGGAUCAUUCAGGCGGAUCAGCCUCCAACUGGGAUAAGAAAAAACACAUUAACUCUCUCUCUCUCUCUCUCUCUCUCUCUGUCUCUCUCUCUCUCUCUCUCUCUCUCUCUCUCUCUCUCUCUCUCUCUCUGUCUAUCAGCAUCUAGACCAGUGCUGUCUAUCAACAUCCAGACCAGUGCUGCCUGUCAACAUCCAGACCAGUGGUGUCUGUCAACAUCCAGACCAGUGGUGUCUGUCAACAUCCAGACCAGUGCUGCCUGUCAACAUCCAGAACAGUGCUGUCUGUCAACAUCCAGACCAGUGCUGUCUGUCAGCAUCCAGACCAGUGCUGUCUGUCAACAUCCAGACCAGUGCUGUCUGUCAACAUCCAGACCAGUGCUGUCUGUCAACAUCCAGACCAGUGCUGUCUGUCAGCAUCCAGACCAGUUAUCUCUGUCAGCAUCCAGACCAGUGCUGUCUGUCAGCAUCCAGACCAGUGGUGUCUGUCAGCAUCUAGACCAGUGCUGUCUGUCAACAUCCAAACCAGUGCUGUCUGUCAGCAUCUAGACCAGUGCUGUCUGUCAGCAUCCAGACCAGUGCUGUCUGUCAACAUCCAAACCAGUGCUGUCUGUCAGCAUCUAGACCAGUGCUGUCUGUCAGCAUCCAGACCAGUGCUGUCUGUCAACAUCCAAACCAGUGCUGUAUGUCAACAUCCAGACCAGUGCUGUCUGUCAGCAUCUAGACCAGUGCUGUCUGUCAGCAUCCAGACCAGUGCUGUCUGUCAACAUCCAGACCAGUGCUGUCUGUCAACAUCCAGACCAGUGCUGUCUGUCAGCAUCCAGACCAGUGCUGUCUGUCAGCAUCUAGACCAGUGCUGUCUGUCAGCAUCUAGACCAGUGCUGUCUGUCAGCAUCUAGACCAGUGCUGUCUGUCAACAUCCAGACCAGUGCUGUCUGUCAGCAUCCAGACCAGUGCUGUCUGUCAACAUCCAGACCAGUGCUGUCUGUCAACAUCCAGACCAGUGCUGUCUGUCAGCAUCUAGACCAGUGCUGUCUUUCAACAUCCAGACCAGUGAUGUCUGUCAACAUCCAGACCAGUGAUGUCUGUCAACAUCCAGACCAGUGCUGUCUGUCAACAUCCAGACCAGUGCUGUCUGUCAGCAUCUAGACCAGUGCUGUCUUUCAACAUCCAGACCAGUGAUGUCUGUCAACAUCCAGACCAGUGAUGUCUGUCAACAUCCAGACCAGUGCUGUCUGUCAGCAUCCAGACCAGUGCUGUCUGUCAGCAUCUAGACCAGUGCUGUCUGUCAACAUCCAGACCAGUGCUGUCGGUCAACAUCCAGACCAGUGCUGUCUGUCAGCAUCUAGACCAGUGCUGUCUGUCAACAUCCAGACCAGUGCUGCCUGUCAGCAUCCAGACCAGUGCUGUCUGUCAGCAUCUAGACCAGUGCUGUCUAUCAGCAUCCAGACCAGUGCUGUCUAUCAGCAUCCAGACCAGUGCUGUCUGUCAACAUCCAGACCAGUGCUGUCUGUCAGCAUCCAGACCAGUGCUGUCUGUCAGCAUCCAGACCAGUGCUGUCUAUCAGCAUCUAGACCAGUGCUGUCUGUCAGCAUCUAGACCAGUGCUCUCUGUCAACAUCCAGACCAGUGCUGUCUGUCAGCAUCUAGACCAGUGCUGUCUGUCAACAUCCAGACCAGUGCUGUCUGUCAACAUCCAGACCAGUGCUGUCUGUCAGCAUCUAGACCAGUGCUGUCUGUCAACAUCUAGACCAGUGCUGUCUGUCAGCAUCCAGACCAGUGCUGUCUGUCAGCAUCUAGACCAGUGCUGUCUAUCAGCAUCUAGACCAGUGCUGUCUGUCAACAUCCAGACCAGUGGUGUCUGUCAGCAUCUAGACCAGUGCUGUCUGUCAACAUCUAGACCAGUGCUGUCUGUCAGAGAAGACAGUGGCCCAAAUAUGUUCCUAGCUCCAUUUUGAGGGUGUUGCUUUAAAUGUGGGCCAAACCACAUGAAAUGUUCUGAAAACUCAUCUCUCCUGAUCCAAGAACGAGAGACAAUGUAUCCUUCUCAGUCAUCCUGACACACAGACAGGACAGUGGCUGUUCAUGGUCCCUCCAAUAGGAUUUCACUGAGAUAGCUAGUCAAUACAAUCAUACUUUUGGUCCCCUUAAAUGGGGGGACUAUGUACAGGAAUUGCUGUAAUUUAUAAAUGGUUCACCCAAUAUGGAUGACAAUAGCCUCAAAUUAAAGCUGACAGUCUGCACUUUAACCUCAUGGUCAUUGUGUUAUUUCAUGCACAGAGCCAAAACAACAGGAAAAUGGUCACUUUCCCAAUACUUUUGGACCUCACUGUAUAGGCCUACAUCUGUCUAUCUAAACAUUAUCUGUGAUAACAUUAACUACAGGCCUACAUCUCUCUCUCUCCCUCUCUCUCUCUCUCUCUCUCUCUCUCUCUCUCUCUCUCUCUCUCUCUCUCUCUCUCUCUCUCUCUCUCUCUCUCCCACUCCCUCCCUCUCUCGCUCCCCACUCCCUCUCUCUCUCUCUCUCUCUCUCGCUCUCUGUCUCUCUCUCUCUCUCUCUCUCUCUCUCUCUCUCUCUCUCUCUCUCUCUCUAAACAUUGUCUGUGAUAACAGUAACUACAGGCCCACAUCUCUCUGUCUGAACGUUUGGUCCGGUCCUAGUUGGAUCGGUAGAACCACAUCUCUCUGUCUGAACGUUGGGUCCGGUCCUAGUUGGAUCGGUAGAACCACAUCUCUCUGUCUGAACGUUUGGUCCGGUCCUAGUUGGAUCGGUAGAACCACAUCUCUCUGUCUGAACGUUGGGUCCAGUCCUAGUCGGAUCGGUAGAACCACAUCUCUCUGUCUGAACGUUUGGUCCGGUCCUAGUUGGAUCGGUAGAACCACAUCUCUCUGUCUGAACGUUGGGUCCGGUCCUAGUUGGAUCGGUAGAACCACAUCUCUCUGUCUGAACGUUUGGUCCGGUCCUAGUUGGAUAGGUAGAACCACAUCUCUCUGUCUGAACGUUUGGUCCGGUCCUAGUUGGAUAGGUAGAACCACAUCUCUCUGUCUGAACGUUGGGUCCAGUCCUAGUUGGAUCGGUAGAACCACAUCUCUCUGUCUGAACGUUUGGUCCGGUCCUAGUUGGAUCGGUAGAACCACAUCUCUCUGUCUGAACGUUUGGUCCGGUCCUAGUUGGAUCGGUAGAACCACAUCUCUCUGUCUGAACGUUUGGUCCGGUCCUAGUUGGAUAGGUAGAACCACAUCUCUCUGUCUGAACGUUUGGUCCGGUCCUAGUUGGAUAGGUAGAACCACAUCUCUCUGUCUGAACGUUGGGUCCGGUCCUAGUCGGAUCGGUAGAACCACAUCUCUCUGUCUGAACGUUUGGUCCGGUCCUAGUUGGAUCGGUAGAACCACAUCUCUCUGUCUGAACGUUGGGUCCAGUCCUAGUUGGAUCGGUAGAACCACGGCUGUUGCUGUUAGCUGCUGUUAGCUGGCAACAGUAAAGCUCUCUCUUUCUCUGAUGAAUCAGAAGUUUCCAUUGACCUAAAAUCACUGUUUACCAUCCGCCUGACCCCAAAUAAAAUACGAGACACAGAAGAGGACUUCUUCUCACAUGCUUGUUGAUAAAGAGAUUUAGCGAGAGAAGCCUCCUACCUAAAACAUCUUCCAAAGAAAAUAUCUGCAUCCAAAAUGGCACCCUAUUCCCUAUAUAGUGCACUACUUUAGACCAGAGAAUGGCUCCCUAUUCCCUAUAAAGUGCACUACUUUUGACCAGGAACCCAUAGUAGUGAAAUAUGUUGAGAAAAUAGUUAUAUUUGGGAUAAAAUCAGUAGUUAUGUUUCUAUUAACUUGUCCAGUGUUUUUUUUUUUGGUCUACAUGUUGGAAGUUGGCAUAGAAAGUAGAUGGGACAAUUGUCUUCUACGGUGUGUUUCCAUUCAACUGUCUUGUGUUGAUAACAACAGCUGGACGUAAAGACCUCACACAUAAAGAAAAACACUUUUUCUCCAGAACCUCGAGUGUCGAAUCAAAAUGUAGUGGUUGAAGUGUUUCCAUUACCCAUUUAGGUAAAUUGCUGAUUGAUAAAUUGGCGACAGUCUGUAUGCCCUCCCACUUAUCUCUUUCAUAUCUCAGGUAGCCUGCAAAAGCCAGCUUGGAUAUAAUGCAAUAAUUGACUAAUAUUUGCCAUAUUCUAAUAAUUUUCAUGUGCAGGUCCAAACCAUGGUUAAACUUCAAUCAUGGAGAUCUAGUGACCUGAAACAAUUUGACGGUGAAAACUUCAAUCAUGUAUCUGAAAUGUCAUGAUCAAUUUAUGUUUACAGAUCAUGAAAAGCAUGGAGUUACUUGCUGUAUAACUCUGAUGAUAGAACUAAAUGUGCGUAAUUGUGUUGCAUGGAACAAUGGGAAAUGUGUAAUUCUGACUAUGGUCUUCAAGAGGUGAUGAUAUUAAAACCAAAUAGUUAACAUUUAUUGAUCAAUCCCUUGAAAACGGCACAUAGUUGUCAACGGUUUUAGCUGGGGUCUCCUACAUCUGCAGUUUCCAUUACAAAUGUCACAAUUAUUUAUUUUUUGGCGACAUUGCUUUUGUGGAAUAAACCUGGAUCAAUGGAAACCUGCCUACUGACUAACAUUGAUGUAUCUGUGAAAUGUAUACAAGUUCUAUAUUUAAAUGACAUGUUUAAGAGAUCUGAAAUAUGGGUCAACUCUUUUCCAGUAAGAAGAAUGAUGCUAUUCUCAGAUUGCGUGAUAACUCUACUGUGCAUCUCAAAUGGUACCCUAUUCCAUAGUGUGUGUGUGUGUGUGUGUGUGUGUGUGUGUGUGUGUGUGUGUGUGUGUGUGUGUGUGUGUGUGUGUGUGUGUGUGUGUGUGUGUGUGUGUGUGUGUGUGUGUGUGUGUGUGUGUGUGUGUGUGUGUGUGUGUGUGUGUGUGUGUGUGUGUGUGUGUGUGUGUGAGUGAGAGUGUGUGAGAGUGUGUGAGAGAGAUGCACACGCGCGCGGCUCUACUUCUAUGCAUUUAGAGCAAGCAGGGUAUGUCGGAGUUCGACCAAAUCCUGACUGAGAUGAGGGUGGGCCUGGUCAAAAGCAGUGCACUACAUAGGGAAUAGGGUGCCAUUCUCUGGUCUAAAGCAGUGCACUACAUAGGGAAUAGGGUGGGCCCUGGUCAAAGCAGUGCACUACAUAGGGAAUAGGGUGGGCCCUGGUCAAAGCAGUGCAUUAUAUAGGGAAUAGGGUGGGGCCUGGUCAAAAGCAGUGCACUACAUAGGGAAUAGGGUGGACCCUGGUCAAAGCAGUGCAUUAUAUAGGGAAUAGGGUGCCAUUCUCUGGUCAAAGCAGUGCACUAUAUAGGGAAUAGGGUGGGCCCUGGUCAAAGCAGUGCACUAUAUAGGGAAUAGGGUGGGCCCUGGUCUAAAGCAGUGCAUUAUAUAGGGAAUAGGGUGGGCCCUGGUCUAAAGCAGUGCAUUAUAUAGGGAAUAGGGUGGGCCCUGGUCAAAGCAGUGCAUUAUAUAGGGAAUAGGGUGGGCCCUGGUCUAAAGCAGUGCAUUAUAUAGGGAAUAGGGUGGGCCCUGGUCUAAAGCAGUGCAUUAUAUAGGGAAUAGGGUGGGCCCUGGUCAAAAGCAGUGCAUUAUAUAGGGAAUAGGGUGGGCCCUGGUCUAAAGCAGUGCAUUAUAUAGGGAAUAGGGUGGGCCCUGGUUAAAAGCAGUGCAUUAUAUAGGGAAUAGGGUGGGCCCUGGUCUAAAGCAGUGCAUUAUAUAGGGAAUAGGGUGGGCCCUGGUCUAAAGCAGUGCAUUAUAUAGGGAAUAGGGUGGGCCCUGGUCAAAAGCAGUGCAUUAUAUAGGGAAUAGGGUGGGCCCUGGUCUAAAGCAGUGCAUUAUAUAGGGAAUAGGGUGGGCCCUGGUCAAAAGCAGUGCACUAUAUAGGGAAUAGGGUGGGCCCUGGUCAAAGCAGUGCACUGUAUAGGGAAUAGGGUGGGCCCUGGUCAAAAGCAGUGCACUAUAUAGGGAAUAGGGUGGGCCCUGGUCAAAGCAGUGCACUAUAUAGGGAAUAGGGUGGGCCCUGGUCAAAAGCAGUGCAUUAUAUAGGGAAUAGAAGACAUCAGAAGUGUUUCUAAAACAGUGUGUUAAAGAGGUUUAAUACAGCAGACAUUAACAUGCAGGUCCAGUAAUAAUUAUGCCAACUGCACCAUCAUGUCCUUUUAAUAGCAGAAUGCUAUUCUGUUACAGCUUGGUGGGGUUCAGUUAAAAUAAUGUGCUGUAGUAACCAUGGGAAACGGAGAGAGAGUAUCAGAUUGUUAUUAAGACUGGAUGACAAUCACCACGGGAAACGGAGAGAGAGUAUCAGAUUGCUCUAUUUGGCCCUACCUUGUGUGCCUCUGAAAAAUACUGUUAUUUUUCUGUGAUAGUGGCUCAGCGGGAGCAUUGUUUCUCAGAGUUAAUCUAGUUUCAGCUGAGAGUCUCCCUGUCACCACUGUUAUCAUGGCACUGCUAGUCUCCCUGUCACCACUGUUAUCAUGACACUGCUAGUCUCCCUGUCACCACUGUUAACAUGGCACUGCUAGUCUCCCUGUCACCACUGUUAACAUGACACUGCUAGUCUCCCUGUCACCACUGUUAUCAUGACACUGCUAGUCUCCCUGUCACCACUGUUAACAUGACACUGCUAGUCUCCCUGUCACCACUGUUAUCAUGGCACUGCUAGUCUCCCUGUCACCACUGUUAACAUGGCACUGCUAGUCUCCCUGCCAAGUCAGAUCCUCCUCGGUCUGCCAACAAUAAUGUAGAGGGUGCAGUCAUCAUUCAGGAGGGUCUGCCUCACAAUACUGUUGUGGAAACUGGACUUUACCACAGCCUCAAUUGAUCUAAUUAUUGUAAUUUUCUCCCCUCUUUCACUCCCCCAUCUCUCUCUUUCUCUCUCUCCCCCCGCUCUCUCUCCUCCUUACUCUCUCUCUACCCCCCUCUGUCUAUCGCUCUCUCUCUCUCUCUCUCUCUCUCUCUCCACCCCUCCCUUUCUCUCUCCCCCUCCCUUUCGCUCUCCCUCUCUCUCUCCUCUGGCCUUUUUGGUUUUGCCUUACCUUGUGUGCCUCUAAAAAAUGCCUGAAAAAUGCUGCACUAUGUCUGCACAAGCCGGUUCUGCUGAUAAGCAAUCAAAUGUGGUCCUCUGUAGCUUAAUUGGUAGAGCACGGCGCUUGUAACACCAGGGUAGUGGGUUCGAUCCCCGGGACCACCCAUAUACGUAAAAAUGUAUGCACACAUGACUGUAAGUCGCUUUGGAUAAAAAUGUCUGCUAAAUGGCAUAUUAUUAUUAUAUUAUAAUACAGUGCAUGUACAGCGAGCCAGCUUCCUUUCACACUUUUACGUCAUAGAUAAGAUAUAACUUUAAGUUGAUAUAAAAUAUGUAAAGUGCUAGCUGACGUUUGGAGCAGAGGUACACAUUUGUGCCAAACCUAUUUUUGUCAGAUGUUUUCCUACCUAAUAUCAGUGUUCUAUCAGUGCCAAUGAAAGAUGAAGUGGAUUUCUUUAUUAUAAAAAAAACAACAUUUAAAAGUAUACUAUCUAUACAAAAGUAGAUGGACACCCCUUCAAAUUAGUGGAUUUGGCUAUUUCAGCCAGGUGUAUAAAAUCGACCACACAGCCAUGCAAUCUCCAUAGACAAACAUUGGCAGUAGAAUGACCCGUACUGAAGAGCUCAGUGAUUUUCAACGUGGCACCGUCAUGAGGAUGCCACCUUUCCAACAAGUCAGUUCGUCAAAUGUCUGCCCUGCUAGAGCUGCCCCGGUCAACUGUAAGUGCUUUUAGUGUGAAGUGGAAAUCGUCUAGGAGCAACAAUUGUUCAGCCGUGAAGUGGUAGGCCACACAAGCUCUCAGAACGGGACCGCCGAGUGCUGAACCGCGUAGCGGGUAAAAAUCGUCUGUCCUCGGUUGCAACGCUCACUGCCGAGUUCCAAACUGCCUCUGGAAGCAACGUCAGCACAAGAGCUGUUCUUCGUCGGGAGCUUCAUGAAAUGGGUUUCCGUGGCCGAGCAGCCGCACACAAGCCUAAGAUCACCGUGCGCAAUGCAAAGCGUCGGCAGGAGUGGUGUAAAGCUCGCCGCCAUUGGACUCUGGAGCAGUGGAAACGUGUUCUCUGGAGUGAUGAAUCACGCUUCAGCAUCUGGCAGUCCGACGGACAAAUCUGGGUUUGGCGGAUUGCCAGGAGAACGCUACCUGCCCCAAUGCAUAGUGCCAACUGUAAUGUUUGGUGAGGAGGAAUAAUCGUCUGGGGCUGUUUUUCAUGGUUCGGGCUAGGCCCCUUAGUUCCAGUGAAGGGAAAUCUUAACGCUAUAGCAUACAAUGACAUUCUAGACGAUUCUGUGCUUCCAACUUUGUGGCAACAGUUUGGGGAAGGUCCUUUCCUGUUUCAGCAUGACAAUGCCCCCGGGCACAAAGUGAAGUCCAUACAGAAAUUAUUUGUUGAGAUCGGUGUGGUAGAACUUGACUGGCCUGUACAGAACCCUGACCUCAACCCCAUCGAACACCUUUGGGAUGAAUUGGAACGCCGACUGCGAGCCAGCGCCUAAUCGCCCAACAUCAGUGCCAGACCUCACUAAUCCUCUUGUGGAUGAAUGGAAGCAAGUCCCCGCAACAAUGUUCCAACAUCUAGUGGAAAGCCUUCCCAGAAGAGUGGAGGCUGUUAAAGCAGCAAAGGGGGGGGGGACCAACUCCAUAUUAAUACCCAUGAUUUUGUAAUGAGAUGUUGGACGAGCAGGUGUCCACAUACUUUUGGUCAUGUAGUGUGUGAUGAGCUAUUCUAUAGGUCACUGAGGUGUUGUUGUUGUUACUCUGUGUUGAUGGUUUUGUUGCUAUGAGGGAGCACCUCUUUAAGGUCAUUCUAGAGGACCCUACUGAAUGAGUCUCUUCUCUGAGGAGGAGAAACAACAGAGGGGGGGGGGGGGGGGAGGAUACACACAUUACACACACUACCUCCUCUCUACAUGAAAAACCGAGUGCUUCUCAUUUAUAAAAGCAUGCCUCUGAUGUCCCUGUCUCACUCACUUCGCCAAUGGGUGAGGAAGAGGGGAGGGAGAGACAAGGGUAAGAGAGCGAGCGAGAGCGAGAGAGAGAGAGAGAGAGAGCGCGAGCGGAGAAAGGGGGAUAGAGAGAGAGCGAGAGAGAGAAGACGAGGGAUGGCGAGAGCGAGAUAGAGAGAGAGAGAGCGGAAGGAUAGAGAGCGAUAGAGAGAGGAUGAGCGCUGAGAGAGAGAGCGCGAGCGCGACGCUAUCAUCUCUCUCUCUCUCUUUGCCUCUCUAUCUACGAUCUAUAUAUCUCUCUCUCUCUAUCUCUCUCUCUCUAUAUCAUCUAGCAUCUCUCUCUCGCCUCUCUGUUCAGAACAAGGCGUUCCUCAGUACCCUGAGAUAAACGGCUGUCCGCAGCGCCGGGAGACCACUCCAACAGAACAACAGGGUGGAAACGGUCAGAUGGAUGCGUCCGGCUCGCUUUUUAAACCCUUCUUUUGGUCGUAAUGUAGAUUUCAAGGGAUUUGAUUUUUCAAAGGGAUUAUUGUCAUUUUUCUUUGUAGGGUAAACUUUAACAACCACUUUUUAAAUCGGAAGGGAAUUAAACCGCAAUUAUGAAUGAUAUUAAACUUGCCAUUUUGGGAAGCGAAGGAGUCGGGAAAUCAGGUUAUACAAAUGUUUACCCUGUUAUGUAAAGACAUUUUGUUCAGCUUAUUGUUUGUCCAAAUGUGUACAUUUUUAGUAGGCAAUUGAUGAUACAGAUAUAAUUAGCCUAUUCCUUCCUCAGCUCUCAUCGUUCGAUUCCUGACGAGGCGAUUUAUCGGCGAAUAUGCCUCAUCACCAGGUAAGGUUUCUAACCUACUUAGUUUGCUACAAUAGACUUGUGUAACAUGAUUACCACUUAUAGAUUGCAAAAUAGUUGGGAAGAGAUUGUUGACGUACCGAUCCCAUGGCAUAGUGUUUAUGAACUGAAACGCAAAACGACCCCGGAUUCAUAACGUAUACUUUUUUUAUUUAAAGUUUUAUAUUAAAUUAUUGCUACCAAUAGAAUGUUAUUUAUAUGGGGGAUACAAUCUUCCCAGCUCUGCAGAUUUUGCUGUGAAGAGACAGAAUCAUUAGAUCAUUUGUUUUUGGUUCUGUCCAUUUGUAGCUUGUUUUUGGUCAAGGUCCAGGAAUGGCUGAAGGAUUGCAAGAUUUACCUGGAGCUAACCUUGCAGAUAGCAUUAUGGGUGAUCUGAAAAGUCAUAGUCAAUCGAUCAAUAAUAUAAUAAUACUUUUAGCAAAAAUGUGUUAUUUUCAAUUUACAAUCUGUAGAAACAAUGAGAAUAGAAAGGUUCAGAACUUUUGUAAAACAUCACAGUACAGUUGAAAAUAUAUGGCAAAUAGAAAUCCAAUAUGGAUGGUGUUAAGAGAUAGAUGGGAGGUGUUGAAUGGAGCUGAAGGAUGGGACUAAUAACAACUAACAACAACUAAUAACAACAAGAUAACUAAUGUAAAGCAUACUGUGUCCAUAAUAAGUAUAUAGGUUAUAGGUUGAGAGCUUUUGUGAAAGAGCCACAGUUAGAAAGAUAUGGCAUAUAGAAGCAAACCGGAUGGACAUACAUGAAAAUGAUCGGAGAGGUUGAGGGUAGAGGAAGUUCAGAGUAAAAACCAAACAGAAUAUAAUGUAUUGUAAAAUUGACUGUGUCCAUAAAAUGUAUAUAGUAUGUAUAAGCUGAAAGUAGAGGCCUAAGCAUUGUUGUUCACUAGAUUACUCCAAUUAGGGAAGGGGUGGUGGGGCUGGAAAGUAAUAAAGGGAAAUAUAUAUUUUUUAAUGUAUGUAUAUGUGUAUAUAUAUAUGUAUAUGUAUAUAUGCGAGAGAGAAAAACAUAUGGAGGGAUUGGAAAAGUGUUGCAGAAAUUGAGGGAAGUACAAUCUAUCUGCAAUAUAAAGCUUGCUCACCCCUAAAAAUUGUUCUGGUUUUUAAAACAUUAUUCCACCUACUUUCAUGCUAAAAUUAUUAUGAAAACAAUCGUAAAAGGAAAAAGAAUGAAGAAACGUGCAAAUUGUUUAUGUGAAAUGUCAUCAUCGCUUUUUUUACGCAUCAUUGCACAGGCUUCCUGUCUGUCCUGUGCGCAGACGGACAUUUUGUGUUCAACAUGUCAGUUCUGACAUAAUACGUAAUGUUUCGAUUUCCUGAUGCGACCUAGGUGAACACCACUGUCAUUCAUCAGAAUGACUGGCUACAAGCUAUGAACACAGUGUCCUUCAAUCAGAUGGCUGGCACACGCUAGGGGACACACUGCCUUCAUCAGAUCUACUGGCUACAGCUAGGGGACACAUCUUGUCCUUCAUCAGGAUGGCUGGCUCCAGCUAGGGGACACCACUGUCCUUCCAUCAGUGGCUGGCUACAGCUAGGGACACACUGUCCUCAUUCGGGAUUGGCUGGCUACACUAGGGGACCACUGUCCUUCAUCAGAUGGCGGCUAAGUAGGGGACACACUUGUCCUUCAUCAGAUGGCUGCUGGCUACAGCUAGGGGACACACGGUCCUUCAUCAGAUGGCUGGCUCAGCUAGGGGACCCACUGUCCUUCAUCUAGAUGGCUGGCUACAGCUAGGGGGACACCUGUCCUUCAUCAGUGGAAUGGCUACAGCUAGGGGACACACUGUCCUUCAUUCAGAUGAAUGGCUACAGCUUAGGGGAAACACUGUCCUUCAAUCAGAUGGCUGGCUACAGCUACGGGGACACACUGUCCUCAUCAGAUGACUGGCUACCAGCUAGGGGGACACCUGUCCUUCAUCAGCUGGCUGGCUACAGCUAGGGGAACACUGUCCUUAAUCGAUGGCUGGACUACAGCUAGGGGACAGUGAUCAGUAGCAUUUGGUUCCAACAUCAGAAAGUAUGUCAGUUGAUUGUAUAUGUCGGAUCAUUUGUAUUAUGAAAUAUUUUAGGCUGCAGGUUCAUUCAAAAUAAAAAUAUAUUUGGUCAAUGUUGGAUAGGCGUGUUGUCGGUUAUUUAAUAUUGAUCAUAGUUCUAGGGAUAUACGGUUGAUUGAAUAACACUACUCCGGGGCUGUCGGUUGCCUGCGACUUGGCAAAUUACCGCUACACGUACUGAGCUGGCCUGUACUGUGGCUUGGGCUAUGGGUCGGACGUCCGGGGGUAUGCAAACGGGCGCAUCUCAGGUAGAGGUCUAGUGGCCCUACAAGGCAUGUGGAAAGCGCAUUAGAAGAAGGAUGUGACUCUAGUGAUUAGGGCUUCUUUUACGCGGGAUCAUUGUUUCUCAGAGUUAAUCUAGUUUAGCUGAGAGUCUCCCUGUCACACUGUUAACAUGACACUGCUAGUCUUCUGUCCACCAAUGUAACAUGACAUGCUAGCUCACGUCACACUGUUAUCAUUGCCUGCUAAGCUCCGCGGCACCACUGUUAUCUGGCACAUGCCCUAAGCUCCAUGUCACAUGUUAAAAUGACAGGUUACGCUCCCUGUCACCACUGUUAUCAUGGCACUGCUAAGCUCCCCGUUCACACUGUUAUCAUGAACUGCUAGGUCUCCAGUCACCACUGUUAACAUGGUACUGCUAAGUCUCCCUGUUCACCCACUGUUAUCAUGAGAUGCUGUCUCCACUGUCACCACUGUUAACAUGCACUGCUAAACGCUCACGGUCACAAUGUUAUCAUGACACGCCUAGUUCCCUUGUCACCAUGUUAACAUGGCACUGCAGUCUCCUGUCACCACUGUUAAAAUGACACGACUCUCGUCUCCCUGUCACCAUUUAAACAUGACAAUGCUUCUAGCUCCCUGUCACCACUGUAUCAUGACACUGCUUAGCUCCCUGUCACCAUGUUACAUGUAAUGCUUAGUCUCCCUGUCACCACUGUUAUCAGCCACUGCGAGUCUCCUUCACCACUGUUAUCAUGGUACUGCCUAGUCUCCCUGUCACCACUGUUAUCAUCCCUGACACUGCCUAAGCUCCCUGUCACCAACUGUAACUGGCACUGCUUAGUCUCCCUGUCACCACUGUAUCAUGGUACUGUAGUCUCCCUGUCACCACUGUUAACUAUUGACAAUGCUUAGUAUCCCUGUCACCACUGUUAUCAUGGCACUGAUAGUCUCCAUGCCACCAUGUUAACCAUGGCCAAUGCUAGGAUCCCUGUACCACUGUUAUUCAUGGUGCUGCUAGUCUCCCUGCACCACUGUUAACAUGACACUGCUAGGUCUCACUGUCACCACUGUACAUGGCACUGCUAGCUCCCUGUCACCCAAUGUUACAUGGCACUGCCCUCGUCUCCCUGCACCACUGUUAACAUGGCCAAUGAUAGUCUCCCGGUCACCCACUGUUAUCAUGACACUGCUAUAGUCUUCUGUCACCACUUUAUCAUGGCACUGCUAGUCUUCUGUCACCACUGUUACAUGCACGCUAGUCUCCCUGUCACCACUGUUAUCAUGACAACUCUAGUCUCCCUGUCACCAAUUGUUAUCAUGGCAAUGCUUAGUCGCCCCUGUCAAACACUGUUACAUGCACUGCUAGUCUCACGGCCAAGGUCAGAUCAUCUUCAGUCUGCCAACAAUAAAUGUUAGAGGGUUGCAUUGUCAUCAUUCAGGAGGGUUUGCCUCACAAUACUGUUGUGCAAACUGGACUUUACCACAGCCUCAUUUGAUCUAAUAUUGGAAUUUUCUACCCCUCUCUCUUCACUCCCCCAUCUCUCUCUUUCUCCUUCCCCCCCAAGAACACAACGAAAAAAGGACAACAAACAGACAAACACCCCAACAUACCUAAUAACACAACACCCCAAAAAAAAAACCACCCCAACCCCCGAAAACCCCCCCACCCAAACCACCCCCAAACCCUGCCCCCCCCAGAACAAAAAAAGCAAAAGGAACAAAAAAAAAAAGAAAAAAAAAAGAAAAAAAAGAAGAAAAAAAAAAAAGAGAAAGGUAAAAAAAAUAAAAAAAUCAAAAAGAAAAAAAGCCAAAAAAAAAACACACAAAAAAAAUAAAAUAAAAAGAAAAAAAAGAGAGGAGCGGACGAGAGAGAGGAGCGAGGCGAGAGCGAAAAAAAAAGACGAGAGAGGAGAGAGAAGAAAAGAAGAGAGAGCGAGCGAGAGCGAGCGGAGAGAGAGGAGAGAGAGAGAGAGAGAGAGAGAGAAGGGGAGGCGCGAGAAAAGGGAAAAGCGAGCGAGAGAGAUGAGAGAGAGCGAGAGAGAGAGAGGAGAGAGAGGAGAGAGAGAGAGAGAGAAAAAAGCAAGAACGAGAGAAAAAAAGAAAGAAAGAGGAGAAAAAAAAAAAAGAGAGAAAAAAAAACGAAAGAGAGGAGGCAGGAGAGGAGAGAGAGAGCGAGAGGAGAGAGAGAAGCGAGCGAGAGAGAGAGAGAGAGAGAGAGAGUAGAGAGAGAGAGAAAGCACAGAGAGAGCAAAAGAAAGGGCAAAGGAGAGAAGAGAGAGAGGAAAAGAAAGAAGGAGAGAUGUAGAGAAAAAGACCAAACAGAAAAGGAGAGAAGAGAACAAAACACGAACAGAAAGCGGAGAAGAGAAAAAGACAAGGGAUGGAGCGAACUAGAGAAAGGGGGACUUUUCUAUUUAUCUGCGAUGCCAGCAACGAAAGCGAACUUAAGUCGAUAAGCUAAGGUCAAGGGCAGCAGAUAUUUGUCCUCGAGAGCGGUUAACGUGAGACCGAGGUCCACUAGCAAGGAUUGGGGAAUGCAAUGGUCAUAGUGAAGGGUCAAGGAAAGGACGAGAGUAUCCAAAAGAGAAAAAGAAAGAAACGCGCGAGGAGAGUUUAUGAAUAAGUACAAGUAACGGAGAGACGGGCAAAGAAAUGAAAGGAGAGAGAGAAAAAAAAGCAAAGAAGAGAGAGAAGAGAAUAAAGAAGCGAGAGAGAGAGCCAAAAGAAUUAGAAAGUGAGAGAGAGAGAUCACCAAAGACCAGACAGAGAGAGCGCGCAAAAAAAGAAAGAGAGAGAGCCCACCCACAUCAAACAGACAAGCGCGCGAGCAAAAAGACGGCACAAAGACGAAAGGAGACGACGAUUGAAAAAGAGAGAGCGAAAACGAAAAGAAAGAGAGUCGCGCAAAGCCAGAACAGAGAGAGGCGAAAAAAACACGAAAGAGCGAGAGCAAAACACCCUUACCUCUCUCUCUCCCAACUACUCCCUCUCUCUCCCACUUAGCUCUCUCCCAUCAUGCCCUCUCUCUCUUCUCCAAACUCCCGACCUCUGCUAAGCGCGAGACAAAAAGCAAGCAACGAGAGAUAGAGAAACGAACGGAAGUAGCCGAGACGAAAAAGAAAGGAAGACCGAAAGAGGAGAGCGAGAGAAAAAGAAGACAGGAAACAAGAAUUUAGAGAGCAGAGAAAAAGAAAUGGAAAGACGAGAGAAAAAGAUAAGAACAAGAGCGAGAAAAAGAAACAAAAAGAGCAGAGAGAGACGAGUAAGAAAGAGCGGAAGAGACUUAGCAGAGAGAGAGAUGGAGAGAGAGAGAGUAGGAGAAGUAGAGCAAAAGCACAGACAAAGAGAGAGAGAGAGAGAGAGAGAGAGCAGAGAGAGCGAGAGAGAGAGAGAGAGGAUGAGAGGAUGAGGAGAGAGAGAGAGACGUAGCGAGAGGAGUACGGAGAACAAUGAAAGAUACGAAAGGAUGGGGACGAGACAAAAAGAAAGAAAUCAAAAAGAGAGAGAGGGAGGAGAGAGAGAGAAAAAGAGAGAGAGCGAGAGAGCGAGAGAGAGAGAGAAAAACACAUAAAGCGAGAGAGAGAGGCGCGAUGAGAGAGAGAGAGAGAGCAGCUCUCUCUCUCUGAUGCAGAGUGCAUAUACAGAAAGCGUCUGUCUAUUGAUGGUAGACAGCUGAAUGUGGAACUCUAUGAUCCUUGCUCACAGGUAAGUUGAGAGGAGGAGGGGAACCUUGUGAUGACCGUCAUGUUUAUUAUCACCAUUAAAUGACCUGAGUGGCCACCCAUUGACAUGUAUGAAUAAUGCUUUAUGCGCUGAAGAAAAGCCAUCUCUCAUACCCAAUAUUCCUCUAUCUGAAAUGGAUGGUAAAGGGUAAUAAUGCCAGUGUAGUUGAAACCCCAAACAGAGUAAUCAAUCUCACUUAUUGUGCCCAGCCAAGCAUGCAGCAAUGUAUCCCUGUCUCCCUCCCUCCCUGUCUCCCUCCCUGUCUCCCUCCCUGUCUCCCUCCCUCCCUGUCUCCCUCCCUCCCUGUCUCCCUGCCUCUGAAUUGACAGGAGCAUUACCACCAGGAGUUGGAUGGAUGGAUAUACCCGGAAGUGGGCGAACACAACCUGGGGCUAUAAUUAAGCAAUAAGGCCCAAGGAGGUGUGGUAUAUGGCCAAUAUACCACGGCUAAGGGCUGUUCUUAUCGCACAAUGCAACGCGGAGUGCCUGGACACAGCCCUUAGCUGUGGUAUAUUGGCCAUAAAUCACAAACCCCCGAUGUGCCUUAUUGCUAUUAUAAACUGGUUACCAACGUAAUUAGAGCAGUAAAAAUACAUGUUUUGUCAUACCCGUGGUAUACGGUCUGAUAUACCACGGCUGUCAGCCAAUCAGCAUUCAGGGCACGAACCACCCAGUUUAUAAUUAUGAUUUAUCGAAGUAUGAUGAAGGCUAUUAUUUCAGCACCUGUAGUCAGAUAACUUAGUGUAGCCUGGGGCUCAUUGGAAUGAAUGGAAUGGAAUGGGGUUCUAUUCAUUCCAUUCCAGCCUUAUUCUAUUCCAGCCAUUAAUAUGAGCCACCCUCCCUUCACCAGCCUCCACUGGUGUGUAUCAGAUUGCUUGGUUAUAGCAACAUGUCCCUGCUGUUUGUGUUCCUCUGCAGGCCUGUGAGGGGAAGUCAACUCUGAACGACCAGAUCCACUGGGCUGAUGGCUUCGUAGUGGUCUAUGACAUCAGUGACCGCUGCUCCUUCAGCAAGGCUAAAGCCAUAGUACACCUGAUCAGAGAGCUGAACCUGGGAGUGGCCAAAAGGUAACCACUCACCUGUCCAGUCCAUCCACCCACCUGUCCAGUCCAUCCACCCACCUGUCCAGUCCAUCUACCCUCCUGUCCAGUCCAUCCACCCACCUGUCCAGUCCAUCCACCCACCUGUCCAGUCCAUCCACCCACCUGUCCAGUCCAUCCACCCACCUGUCCAGUCCAUCCACCCACCUGUCCAGUCCAUCCACCCACCUGUCCAGUCCAUCCACCCACCUGUCCAGUCCAUCUACCCACCUGUCCAGUCCAUCCACCACCUGUCCAGUCCAUCCACCCACCUGUCUAGUCCAUCUACCCACCUGUCCAGUCCAUCCACCCACCUGUCCAGUCCAUCCACCCACCUGUCCAGUCCAUCUACCCACCUGUCCAGUCCAUCUACUCACCUGUCCAGUCCACCCACUCACCUGUCCAGUCCAUCUACCCACCUGUCCAGUCCAUCUACUCACCUGUCCAGUCCAUCCACUCACCUGUCCAGUCCAUCCACCCACCUGUCCAGUCCAUCCACCCACCUGUCCAGUCCAUCCACCCACCUGUCCAGUCCAUCCACCCACCUGUCCAGUCCAUCCACCCACCUGUCCAGUCCAUCUACCCACCUGUCCAGUCCUUCCAGUUCUACUCACCUACCAAAAGGUAGACUCUGUCACUAAUACAGACAUUCCAUCUUAUUACUGUUGUUGUAGAUCAAUAGAUUGGACAUUGAUGUGAGUUUAAUAGCCGCCACACUGCCCAACAACUGUUACAUUGUUAGUAAUCCCAUUGAUAGAUUCUACCAUAGAGAUUCAACUCUCUGGCUCAUGUCCAAUAUCUAUUGUCUGCAUGACCUUCUGUUCCUGCUGGCAGUAUUUCAAUACACCACUAACUCAUCAUUCAGCACCCAUACCAAUCCUCUAUGAAAUAUCCAGCUGCUAUUGAAUUCUCCUGUCACUAUGAGAACGUUACUGCUGUUGAGGCGUCUUGUGCCAUCUCUCUAUAAUGGCCGAACUGAUUGGUGGAAUGUUUUCAUUAAUGGUCUUCUGGGGUGGAGGGAACAUCUGUAAUGGUCUAAUGGGGUUAAGGGAACAUCUCACUAAUGGUCUUCUGGGGAUGAGGGAACAUCUGUCUAAUGGUCUUCUGGGGAUGAAGGAACAUCUGUCUAAUGGUCUUCUGGGGAUGAGGGAACAUCUGUCUAAUGGUCUUCUGUCUGUCUAAUGGUCUUCUGGGGAUGAGGGAACAUCUGUCUAAUGGUCUUCUGGGGAUGAAGGAACAUCUGUCUAAUGGUCUUCUGGGGAUGAGGGAACAUCUGUCUAAUGGUCUAAUGGGGAUGAGGGAACAUCUGUCUAAUGGUCUUCUGGGGAUGAGGGAACAUCUGUCAAAUGGUAUAAUGGGGAAGAGGGAACAUCUCUCUAAUGGUCUAAUGAGGAUGAGGGAACAUCUCUCUAAUGGUCUAAUGGGGAUGAGGGAACAUCUGUAAUGGUCUAAUGGGGAUGAGGGAACAUCUCUAAUGGUCUAAUGGGGAUGAGGGAACAUCUCUAAUGGUCUAAUGGGGAUGAGGGAACAUAUGUAAUGGUCUAAUGGGGAUGAGGGAACAUCUCUCUAAUGGUCUAAUGGGGAUGAAGGAACAUCUCUCUAAUGGUAUUCUGGGUAUGAGGGAACAUCUCGCUAAUGGUAUUCUGGGUAUGAGGGAACAUCUCUCUAAUGGUAUUCUGGGUAUGAGGGAACAUCUCUCUAAUGGUCUUCUGGGUAUGAGGGAACAUCUCUCUAAUGGUAAUCUGGGUAUGAGGGAACAUCUCUCUAAUGGUAUUCUGGGUAUGAGGGAACAUCUCUCUAAUGGUCUUCUGGGUAUGAGGGAACAUCUCAAUGUACUGAGUCUUCACCCACAGCAAUCAAAGUUAUUACAUAAAUGCCCCACCAAAACAGUUUGUGGACAACAAACAUUGUCCUACAGUUUAGCACUGACACAAACAGAGACGAUACUCUCAACUCUCCUUCAUGGCUUAAGUUUUAGUGUCGUAGGUUACAUCUGAAAUGUCUCCUUAUUCCAUUAUAAAGACUGCAGUACUUCGGACUGCUAUCUGACUACUACGUUGACACGACUCUGGUAAAACAUAGUGUGGCGUAAAUAGAAUAGGGGUGCCAUUUCAGACGCCCCCAUAGUCUUGAACGUCGCUAGCGUUAAACUCAACGCGGCCUCCUGUUUUUGUCUUCUGCUACGUCCAGGGAUUCAUUAUGGCUGUCCUUAUUGCCUCAUAGAUCCUGCUCACCCUGUCUCCCUCUCUUCCCCAUCAGGGAUGCAGACUCUCUGGUGUUCCUGGUGGGUAACAAGCAGGACCUGUGCCAUGUGAGGGAGGUGCGUCGAGAGGAGGGCCAGCGCCUGGCAGCGGAGUCCCAGUGCCAGUUCUACGAGCUCUCUGCGGCAGAACACUACCAGGAGGUGGUCCUCAUGUUCUCUAAGACGGUCCACAACGUCAGCCUGGGGGGGGGCAAGGCCAAGGAGAGGAGACGGAGACCCAGUGGCUCCAAGUCCAUGGCCAAACUCAUCAAUAAUGUCUUCGGGAAGCGGAGGAAAUCAGUGUGAAGGGUCAAGUGUUACCCCAGGCCUCAGAGGCCUUGUUACCUUGUUUUUCACCUUGGGACUGUUGUUGAAUGGUGAAAGGGAUUGUGGGGGGGAAAAAAAGGUCAAUAAACAUUGAAUGGACCCACCACCAACAACAUGGGCUUCACCUACUUACUUGCUAUUGCCGUUGCUAUUAUUGCUGAUCAUGAAAA